GAUAAAACAGAAGUCUUGCAAGAUGCUACGUGACCUCGCUCGACCUUUGGCCUCCUCCGUGUUAUUGGCUUCUGUUGCUCUCGCUCUCUCGACGGCCAUUGACCCCUUAGUGGAGAUCAGGUUCAGGGACGCCGUCGCAGGAGCGAAGGACCCCGCCAGCCACCUGCAGCAGCGACGCCUUCCUUACUGCCUGAAAAGCGGCGCCCUUCAGAACGCCUCCUGCCCCUGCGACGCCGCCCUCUGCCAGCCCCACCUCAGCGUCAUGCAGGAGGGCGUCAGGACCUUCUGCCUGCCUGCCAACAUCACGGGGCUCUGCUACCGGUCCGAACUCGAGCCCGACAAGUCAUGCGGCUGCUGCGUCGUGCAGCGCCAGUACCUGUGCGAGUAGACGG